AUGGCAAAUAAGCCUAAAAUAGCGCUCGAGACGUCGGAAGCUGUGCGAUCAUUCUUUGUAGAAGUAUUUAUACUCAGUUGCAAAGGCAGCUGCACGACUUUGCGAGCGACAGACGCCAGAAAGCUUGAAAAUCUGUUAGAGAUUUUAUUUGUCAAAUAUGGAAUGUUUAAGAAUAUUGUGAAGCGUGAAGCGAUGACACUUUAA